AGGAAUAAGUCCAAGUCACAAAAGUCCCAUAUUCCCAUAUAAGAUGGUAGGCUAUAGUCCUAUUUGUCUAUGCCCUUAGUUAAGCUUCUCCUGCUUGGCUAUUUCUUGGUUCUUUCUCCUCCCUUUUCCAGGAACCUUGGUGAAUCACAUCAUAUAAUAUCUGCGUCUAUCCGAAUAUGCCUAACUAGUUAGACUUCAGAAACGUACUGCAGAAUACAGAUCGACUGAACGAUCGACUAGUGCUAGCUGUGAUCGAUAUCAUCGCGAUGGGAAACUGUUUUGGAGCUCGUGUGAACAAUCAUACCAGCCUACCCUCCACUAAGGCGCUUAGCCCGCCUGAAACAAUGUUAGACAUUAAAGGCAGCAAAAAAGAUGGAUUAGAAGCUGGAAGAAGAAGAAUGAUCGACUCCAAGAAUGAGAGCAGUGAAAUAGUGAUCCCGAGAAUUACUAGUGUUAAAGAUCGUCAGAGAGCUGUAGCUGAGGAGAAUAAGAAAAACUCAGAAACGGAAACUCAUAAGCUUCCAUGUCCGGAUCCAAGUACUACCGGAAGGAUCGUGAAGCCCAACUUGAAAGAGUUUACGUUUGCGGCGUUGAAGAAGGCGACCCGAGACUUUAAACCGGACACGAUUCUUGGGGAGGGAGGUUUUGGGAGGGUUUUCAAGGGGUGGGUGGACGAGAACACGUACGCGCCGUCUAGGGCAGGCAUCGGUAUGGCCGUCGCCGUCAAGAAAUCCAACCCUGAUAGCUUUCAAGGCCAGCAAGAAUGGGAGGCGGAGGUCAAUUUCUUGGGGAAGUAUUUGCAUCCAAACGUUGUUAGGUUAUUGGGAUAUUGUUGCGAGGAAGAUCAAUUUCUGCUUGUGUACGAGUAUAUGCAGAAAGGAAGCUUGGAAAACCAUCUCUUCAGAAAAGGUCAAGAACCACUUUCAUGGGAUUUAAGGCUUAAAAUAGCAAUCGGAGCUGCGCGAGGUCUUGCAUUCUUGCACACCUCUGAAAAAGUAAUCUACCGCGACUUCAAGGCCUCCAAUAUUUUGCUGGAUCCGGACUACAAUGCAAAACUUUCAGAUUUCGGGUUGGCAAAGCUCGGACCAAUAAAUGGAAACUCGCACGUAACAACACGUAUCAUUGGUACUUAUGGCUACGCAGCUCCGGAAUAUGUCGCAACCGGACAUCUGUACGUAAAAAGCGACGUGUACGGUUUCGGCGUGGUGUUACUGGAGAUGUUGACCGGACGACGAGCUCUCGACACUAACAAACCGGCCGGUGAGACCAAUUUGGUGGAGUGGGCGAGGCCUUCUCUUCUUAAGAAAAAAGAGCUGAAGAAGAUGAUGGACCCAAAGCUUGGAGAUCAAUACUCUAUAAAAGGUGCACACCAAGCAGCUGAGCUUAUUUACAAGUGCCUAGAAUCUGAUCCAAAAGACAGGCCAUCCAUGGUAGAAGUAUUGGCAGUUCUAGAGAGGGUCAAUGCCGUUAAGGAGAAACCAAAAGGCACAAAACUUAAUGUCAGAAGACAAGAAGGAAGUUCAGCACGCCAACACCAAUUCACAAGUCACAAGUCUCCAAUUCACCAAAAGAAUGGUGGCAAUGGUGUAACUUCUCAAGCUCGGCCACACUAGUAGUUCAUUCUUAUGGCACAGCGUCAGAAAUAGUCAUUGUAGUUUUGGGUAAUUGUCAAUGUAUCUUUCAGGAGGUAGAUAAGUUUUCAAUUAAUAACGCCUUUACGGUGAAGAUAGAUUCUAGCAAUUUGUGUCCAAAUGUCCAAAUUUGGUUGCUAGCUCCAGCACUCUGUAUAUGAUUGUUUACUAUGGUAUUGUUGUUAACCUUAGAGACGAUUGCUAUACUUUGUAGUUUGUUAUAUAGUCUUCAUUGACAUUCUAUUUUUU